CGACUUAACAAAAGAAUCCGCCAUAGGAUCACCAUCGAGCCAUCGGAGACGUAAGAAUGAGGACGUGGGGAAUUGUUGUGUUGUUGGGUGCAUGCUUCGCAACGCUGGACCAAGCUUCUGGUUUUGGGGAAUGGACUGAGAGGGAGCAGCAUCCAGCGAAAUGCACUCGAAUGUUUCCUUCCUCAUGGAACUGGAUCGGGAAGUACGCUACGCAUUGUAGGUAUCUGUGCAGGACUUUUCCUCCGCGCUACGAGGAUGAAGAAGACAAGACACCAUGCAUGGGAUUUAAUGUGUUCGGUGUUUGCCACAAUGGCAAAUGCGUGAAAGAAGAGGACUUUCCUACCACUCCAGCAGUGUUCCCCUCCAGCUCGACGAGUGACGAAGCGGAACAGCCAAAAGAAACAGUGACAGAAUCUGAAGAGCUUUUCACCACGCACGAAACCUCAUAUUCUGAGGAGACUUCAACCGGAGCGGCCGUCGAAGAGGACAUCGAAGUCACAACAGCUCAAGAUGCUUCCACAGAGAAUACUGAUGUGGCAGAAGACUGGCCGUCUUGGGAUGACAUAUAGCACGCCCAGCUUCUUGCGUUGAUAAUGUAGCCAGAAGCGCAGAUGUAGCCGAAUGUCUGUGUGGCACUUUGUGUGUAAAAAAAAAAAAAAAAACUUGACACAGUGAUUUAUAAUAAAAUGUCCACUCCGA